UCUAUAAUGCAACAGAUAGAAUAGCAUCAUACUCCACACUCCACAGCUGAGAAAUCUCUGAUAAAGCUGGCUUGUGUCGUGGGUUUGUUGCCUUCGAUGGUCAAUCAGUGUCCCUCUUUCCUGGUUUUCUGCUAAAAAACAGUGUGUCAUGUCUGCAACAGCAACAUCCCUUGUGAUUUCAAGCUCAAACCUUUCAGGUUUGAUGACAAAAACAAUACCCAGGAAUGGUAGUAUCCUCUUCUGCUCCAUAGCCAUCGUACCCCCUUGGAGAAGCUACCAUUCUUUGGGACCGCCGUCUAUCUUCUCCAGAAUCCCAUAUGGGUCCUCCAAGGGAAGCUCGGUCUUCACCGCCUCCAAGCCCUUUGCUCCUGUCAUGGAAUGGCAGAAUUGCACGGUUAAGAUGGAAAUUGACGUGCCUGUUUCGGUUGCCUAUAAUUGUUACUCUGAUCGUGAAGCCGUUCCCCGUUGGAUGCCUUCUAUUUCCUCAGUAAAGAUAUUGGAGGACAAGCCUGAGCUAUCUCGAUGGUCGAUGAAGUAUAAAGCAUUUGGUCACAAUGUUGAUUUCUCUUGGCUUACGCGAAAUUUUCAGCCUAUCCCAAAUCAGAAGAUCCACUGGAGAUCCCUGGAAGGUGUUCCUAACAGAGGUGCUGUUCGAUUUUAUCCGAAAGGUCCUUCAUCAUGCAUAGUUGAAAUGACAGUGUCAUAUGAAGUUCCUCAGAUCUUCGUUCCAGUGGCAUCAGCACUGCAACCAUUUCUUGAAGGCUUACUACGAAGUGAUAUGGAACGAUUUGCAUCAUUUGUAAAAACCUACCAAGCAGACCCAACUAGAUGAUCAUGAUGGUACAAUUGUACAAAUGACAACUAAACGCUAUGUUCGGCAGAUUUCACUGAUUCUUUCGAUGUGGAAUGCGUUUUGGCCAUAUCCAAUUGUAAUGCUUUCUUUGGAAAGAAAUAAAAUAACAUCAUGUACCAUGCAAUAA